UUUAAACCCUAAUAUUUUUCAAAUGAAUCAUUAUUUGGAAUUCGUAGAUUUGAGUUACAAUCAUUUGCAUCACAUUCACGGACUGUUUUGCAAUUUACCGUCGCUUACGGAAAUAUUCUUAAAUCACAAUAACAUUUUAGAUGUGCCAAUGGACUCUUUUCUUAAUUCUAAUAAAAUUAAAUUAAUACACUUAGAUAAGAACUGUAUAAGUUAUAUACAUGGUGAGAGCUUUAGUCAUUUAGAAAAUCUAGUUAAAAUUCAUUUAGAGUUUAAUUAUUUACAUCAAGUGCCACAUAAUAUUUUUAUAAAUAAUAGGAAUAUAAUAAAAAUAAGACUAGACAAUAAUAUGUUUUCAGAGAUUAACAACCACACUUUAGGAUCUUUAAUUAAUGUUAACGAAAUUAGAUUUAAUAAUAACAAAUUAAAAUUUAUUUCCAAAUAUUCUUUUGCCAAUUCCGCUAAAGUAGAAGAAAUUCAUUUGGACCACAAUGAAAUCACUUUUAUUGAGUCAGGAGCAUUCACAGAAAUGAGAGAUUUAAAAUACCUUAGUCUGCAUAAUAAUUACCUCAUAAAUUUAAACGAUGUUUUGCCCAAAUCGAGCUCCAACUUACUCACGCUGCACCUUGAGUUCAAUUCAUUAUCUCUCAUAAGUAAUUUUAUGUUUCAAUCGCAGAAUAAUUUGAAUUAUUUUAGUUUGAGAUAUAAUCACAUAAAAUUUGUUACAAAAAAUACCUUUCGCAAUUUGAAUUUCAUCACUCGUCUUGAACUCGACAACAAUGAAAUCUCAAUCAUUGAAGAUUUUUCAUUACAACAUUUAAAUUCAACAAGAUCUUUGGAGUUACAAAAUAACUUCAUUCGAAAUAUAACGAAUUAUACAUUUUUCGGUUUAAGUGAAUUAGAAGACUUGGAUGUUUCAUAUAAUGCAAUAACUUUUAUUUACGACAUGGCUUUUGAAACGCUUAAAAAGCUAAGAAGCUUAAAUCUCUCAUUUAAUCCACUCAGAGUGCUUCAUAAAAAUAUGUUUCAGCAAAGUUUACCACUCAGCUCUCUGUAUGUUGAUAAUUGCGAAGUAGAGCACAUCGAAAAUGACACAUUCUUCGGACUAAACAAUUUAAAAACACUUUCACUCAAAAAUAACUCUCUUAAAUCAGUUGAUUUGGCAUCUAUCAAUGUCCCCGGAUUAAAACAUUUAUCACUGUCUUUCAACGUCCUUGACUCUUUGCCUGCAGAUUCGUUCUCCCAACUCCCGCUUUUAGAAGUAUUAUAUCUUGAGCACUGUAAUAUAGAACACAUUUUUGAGGGUACGUUCAAGUAUAAUAGAAAUUUGUUGAGACUGAAUUUAGCGCAGAACAUUAUUAGUACAAUACCUUCAAAUUUAUUAGUUGCAGGAAAUUCCAUGUCUGAGUUCAACAUUAGCAAUAACUUUUUAGAUUAUAUGCCAUACGAUGCUUUUUACGACUUUACUGAAGUCGAGACGUUAGACGUCGCAGAUAAUUUGUUACCAAAAAUAGAACUCACCGGUUUAGAAAAGUUAAUUAAGUUAAAAUAUUUGACACUAAGAAAGAAUGAAAUAAAAUCUAUAAUAGUGAGAAAGAAAUUAGAAUUCAACGAAUUAAUAUCGUUCGACAUAAGUUAUAAUAGAUUAGAAAAUUUACCUGUAGUUAUAUUUGAUAUCUUUCCAAACAUUCUCUACGUAAAUGUUUCAAAUAAUGACAUAGUGCAUUUUGAUUUCUUAUUAUCUUAUAAGAGAGUAGGUAUUUCGUUAAUGAAUGUUGAUAUCAGUAAGAAUCCCACCGUGUCUUGGACCAUGUCAAAUAGGAUAGACAAUAAUUCACUAGUAGCAAACUUAUAUGAAUUACACAUUUGUGCCACAAACAUGACAAAUGUUGAUGAUAUCACAUUCGAACUCUUCACCAAUCUCCGUCACCUUUAUCUCAAAUUUAACAAAAUCCGGCGUUUGCCUAUAAGUCCAUUCUUGACAUUAAUUUUUUUGGAGAAUUUAGACCUCAGUUAUAACAGAAUUUCUCAACUUAAGACAAGUAAUUUUCGAGGUUUAACCAAACUAAGAACGUUAUGCUUAUCAAAUAAUAAUAUUGAGUCAAUGGAAUCUUUUGCCGACGAGUUGAACGAUCUGAAACUUUUGGAUCUCUCUUAUAACAAGUUGCAAAAUAUACUGAAUGAAGAUCUAAUCCAUCUCAGAGAACUUACCGUUUUGAAUUUAAGUCAUAACUACAUAAAAUAUAUAUCAGUUACCGCAUUCCGCAAUUUAAACAAAAUAAUCCAAAUUGAUUUGGAUCACAACAAACUUCAGUCAAUUCCUUUGGAACUUUUGGCUUCUGUAGAAAAUCAUAUUCAAGAAAUAUCCGUUAAAGAUAACAUUAUUCUAUGCAGUUGCCAAAAAGAUAAUACUUGGGUUUGGAUACAAGAUCACCCUAAAAUUAUAAAACCAAAUGCAGUAACCUGCCUCAAUAAUGAAUAUCCUAAGGAAAAAUGUGAUAUUCCCGUUAUAUCUCAGCUGUCUGUAGAUAAGCAUAAAGACAAUUCAGUUUCAGUUUCAUGGUUCAUAAGAAAUCGCACUGCAAUAAAAGCCUUGCAAAUACUUUAUUACGGAGAAGAUGUUAAUUCUGAUGUCAAUACAAUAUAUUUAGAAAAGAAUGAAGUUUCUACACGCAUUACCGAUUUGGAAAGAAAUAUGAAUUACGUUGUUUGUAUAAUUACGUUAGCCGAAGAUCCUAUUGAAUACGAAGAGGAAGAAACUUUAGAAAACAAUAGAACAGCUAUUAUUGUUGAUCAAAUUAACGUUACAGCUACAAUAAGCCAAGAUAUCGCUGCAACUAUAUUAAUGCGAUCACCGUCAAGCGAAUGCAUUUCGUUUAACACGUUUGAAAACAAGCUUAUUACAAAAUUACCAGCGAAAAAUAAAGUAGGAUUGGCUUCAGUGCUAAACCGUCGAUUAGGGUUAAUUGUUGGUUGCACUUUAGGUUUUAUUGUGUUCUUUAUUAUGGUCUCUGUUUUGCUGUAUACUAAAAUUAAAGAACGAAAAAGGAUAGCAAAAUCUGAUCCAGCAUGGUCGGAAAUGAAUGAUUACCAUUCUGUUGCUAGUAAAGAUGAAAUUUUACAAAAUUCCACUUCAGCUUCGACAGACAAUAUUUUAUUAGGAAUGGCAAAAAAUCGUAAACUCUCCUUAGAACAUUUGAAUUAGAAUAGAUAGAAAUUAGGCACUAAAUGAAAAUGUGAAUAAAUUGAUUCUAAAUUUUGAAAUAGGUAAAUAGUUUUAAAGGUUAAAUAAUAAAGUAAUAGUUGCUUUAAUUUUUAGGGCGAUUGGCUUAUGAUAGGUAUUUAGGCAGUAGCGAGUAGAAAAUAUUUGCCUUGUAUGUAGUUACCGUAUUCCGAAAUAAAUACGUUAAUUUUUUAUUAUUAUUUUAGUGUAGAAAAAAGAUUUAAUAAAUUGUUGGCAUGGUUAAUCUUGUUUGAUGUUAUCAUUGCCGCAUUAUUAAUAUAAUAAAUGGUAAUUCAUUGCACUUUAUCAAAUAUUUAACAAAGAUAACGGAACAUAGCCUUUUUCAUUUGGCAUUACUUUAAGGAAAUGGGAAACGAGGUUAAUAAAGUUCUUUAAAAACAUUUUUUGUGUACUUAAGGAACUUUUUUUCCUUAUAACUGUCUCGAUUAUCAAGACUCAUUGAAAGAAACAAACUCCGUCUUUGAAGUUUGUGUUGGGGCUAUAAUACUUAGAAAAGCAAAUUAAUUUAAGUGAGUGGUUGGUUUGAGGUACUGUAAAAAUCAU